AUGGAAACUCAAGAAGCUUCUUCUGAUGUUGAGCAGCCACUAAAUCACAACAUAGGAGAUGAGGAAGAUUUCAGAAGCUGUUGUGGUGAUGAAGAAGUUUGGUUAAACGAUAAUGACGAAACACUUAAAGAAGCAGAGGAUGAGGAGGAGGAGAAAAAAGAUGAACUUGAUGAUGAGUUCUCUGUUAAGAUGUUCUUUAAAGGAGUUUCGUUAUCCGGAAGAGGAGAUUCCGGUUCGGGUUAUUCGGGAAUUGGUGUUGUGUUGGAGAGAUUAGGAGAUUCUGAGCUGAUUCAGGUUCAGAAAAAGUUGGAUUUUUAUGUUGAAGAGUCUGUAGCUAACUAUUUAGCUUUAAUGGAUGGUCUUGCAGUAGCUUUACAGAACAACCUCUGCUCUAUAGUUGCUGUAACCGACUCCGAGUUGCUCUAUAAUCAGAUAACCUGUGAGGAGAAGCUAGAGAGCCCUCUUUUGGCAGCUUUAAGAGAAAGGGUAUUGGAGGAAACAAGUAAUCUUGAUGGGUUUGUGCUAAAGCUUGUUCCUUGUCAAGAUCUUGAUAAAGCUCUAAGCUUGGCUCAAGUAGCUGUAGGAAUCGUGUCUUUUAACCUCAAUGCGGAUGAGAACUGCUCCAUCUGCUGCGAAGAUCGUCAUUCCGAGAUGAUGCUAACAUUGAAAUGCACUCACAAGUUCUGCUCGCAUUGCAUGAAAACAUACACAGAAGGGAAAGUAGAGUCAUCAGAAGUUCCAAUCAGGUGUCCUCAAGUGCAGUGCAAGCAUUACCUCUCAGCCGCGGAGUGCAAAACGUUUCUUCCAGUCGCUUCUUUCGAAUCGUUCGAGGAAGCGAACGUGCGUAGCAAGAACAAUGGCAAGAUUUACUGUCCAUAUCCCAACUGCUCUUUCCUGUUGGAUCCGAGCGAGUGUUUGUCACCGGGAAGGGGAAGCGUGGGGUCGUCUAGUCAGUCAGAGAAUAGCUGCUGUGUGGAGUGUCCUGUCUGUGAGAGGUUUGUGUGUGUGGACUGUGGUGUUCCUUGGCAUGACUCUAUGAGCUGUGAAGAGUUUCAGUUUCUUCCCGUUGAUGAAAGAUAUCCAGAUGAUAUUACUUUGCAUCGCUUGGCUAGGUAUAAGCGGUGGAGACGGUGUCAGCAGUGCCGUAUAAUGAUUGAGCUUGCUCAAGGCUGCAACCACAUGACUUGCCGAUGUGGGCAUGAGUUUUGCUACUGUUGUGGAGCAGAGUACAGAGAAGGGCAACAGAGUUGCAGUUGCGCAUUUUGGGACGAUGAGGAAGAAGAUGAAGGAAUAUCAGAAGAGGGAAACAGAGUGCAAGAACUUGAGCAGUGGCCUUGGGACACAUUCAGCUCAGUGCCAACAGUGAUGGACGCUUACUCAGAGCAAGAAAGGUCUCAGCUUGCUCUGAUCCAACGGUUCUUGGCGGGUGGAGGGUUUAGUCUGAGUGAUCACCAGACUUCUUCUUAUCAGUCUCCGCCGCCGCCUCCGCCUCCAUGUACAGAGUCAUCGUAUGUUGAAGCCGCCAUGAAAGAUCUUCAUCAGCUUCCUUGGCUCGAGAGGUUUGUGUCUGUAAUCAGUGAUGAUUACUAUGAAGAGUAUAAUAGCCAGUGA